UUUCACACGUGCUUUUAGAAGCAAUGACCUCCUUCCUCGUGUAAACAGGCGCUAACUGUUUUUUCAGUGUAAGUUGAUUUUAAUAACGCACCUUUUAACGUAUUUUUGCUUUUAGUUUUUUUUGUUUUAUUCUGCAUGUCUCUGUGUACGUCUCUAUCUGGCUACAGACGGGAUUCUCUCCUUUAGUUUCUGUGAUAGAGUUGUUAGUGAUGGCUGUGCAUGCAGCCCACAGAUGUAUGUAUUUGCACAGACUGGUGACAGCUUGCAAAUCAAUUCAGACUCACAGCAGGAACAGAGAUGUGUUUGAGAAACUCAUGAUUCCUUGCAACAGAACCUUUCUCACUGCUUCUGUGAGAUCUAAUGAGAAUGAUGAACAGAGCAAAGACUCCUUAAAACUAACUCCCAAGCAGACACAAAAACAGGAUCUCCUGCUCAGGAGGAAGCGACCCCUGUCCCCUCUGGAGAGGAUAAGCAGUCUGCUGCCCCACGAUGUUUUGAGCCCAGAGGUGAUGCAUCUGAGGGAGCAAGAACAGCAUGAAGAGGAUCCACAGAGGUGUGAUCCAGGGACAGUCACUGAUGGAGGCGAUCUGGAGACCCACAGUGGCCAUGAGGUAGGAGAGGAGGCGAAAGCUGCAGCAUUUCACCAUGGAGAGGGGCAUGUGUACCCCAGUCUCCUUGGGGAGAGCCUGCUCACCUUUGGGGAGCUGCUUAUUGCUGAGCACAGAAAGAAGAGACGGGUGGAGUUCAGGAAGAUGUUCCAGCUUCAGAAAGGGGCCCUCCUGCAGAGCAGCUGGGGAACCAUCAAGCAUGAUGAUAUCGUAGGGCAGCAGGCAGGCAAAUUCUUGAAGACAGGCAGGGGUGCUCCCAUCUUUUUCCGUCGUGCCAGUCUGGAGGACUAUGUGCUGUAUAUGAAGAGGGGUCCUGCAAUCGCCUAUCCUAAGGAUGCAGCCAACAUGCUGCUGAUGAUGGAUGUUACAGAGGGAGAUUGUGUGCUUGAGUCAGGCUCGGGGUCUGGAGCAAUGUCCCUAUUUCUGUCCAGAGCAGUUGGUUCCAGAGGGAGCGUGCUGAGCAUAGAGGUGAGGCAGGAUCACCACAGAAGAUCCGUGAAGAACUACGAGCGCUGGAGGACAUCGUGGGCUCUGCGACGAGGACAGGAGUGGCCCAACAACGUGGAGUUCCUGAACGCUGACCUCAGCACAGCCUCGUCUCUCCUCGCUGGUCGAGGAUUUCACUCGGUUGCGCUCGACCUGAUAGACCCUCACCUGGUUUUACCUACCGUGCUGCCACACUUGCAUCCUGGAGCUGUGUGCGCCAUCUACCUCGCAAAUAUAACGCAGGUUAUUGAUCUGCUGGAGGGUCUCCGGUGUUCUGCACUUCCUGUUUUGUGUGAACGCAUCAUUGAGGUUCCUGUCAGGCAAUGGUUGGUGGCCCCUGCCCUGCAGAAAGAUGGACAAUACUGCACCAGGAAAGCUCUGAACCUUGGUGAAGAUACGAGCAGCGAAGAAGAAUCAUCAGAUGGGACCGAUGGAGAAGCCCCUUUUGAGCCAGCAUUUGGUAAUGUACCCUACAUAGCCCGACCCCAUCCAGAGCAGAUGAGUCACACAGCAUUCCUGGUGAAGCUGAGGAAGCUUGUGAGGUAGCCACGGUCACUGAAGAGACAAAACAUAAUUUAAGAGCUGAAUGUUGCCUCACAGAGCCUGAAAAGUGAAAGAAACUGAUGGAAAUAUGGAUCUUUUUUUUUAUUUAUCUAAAAAUGUAUACAUUUAUAUGGUUAAACAGGGAUAGAAAAGUUUGUAUUAGCUUAAAUAAAAAAAAUCCCAAGAUAAGUCCAAACAUGAAACCUGAAAAAUGUACUGAUUGUAAGAAAGAAUGUACAGGUGGAUGAAUGGACUUGUGGAAAGGUGGUUUAAAUUAAUAGACUGAUGAAUCAGUGAAUGGAUGACUUUUUGCAGAUGUACAGUUGGAUUGUGACAAUGGUUGGACAGCUGGAAGCAUAAAUGAUGGAUGGCUUGGAUGGAGAGCCAAACAAAUGGAUGGAAAAACAGAUGGAGGAUCCACAAAAUGAUGGAUGGACAAACAAAUACAAGAAUGGACAACUGGGUGAAUGGUGAAAUUGAUAGAUGACUGAUGGGAGAAAAUGGCAGAAAAAACUGAUCAAUCGAUAUAUUGGCAGAUGCAUGGUUGAAUGGGUAUAUUGGUAUACGGCCAGAAUGAGAUGGAUGGAUGGAUGGAAGGACUGAGGAUAGAUGCAACUUCUAUGUGCAUAUUUGGUUCAAAAGCCAGCAUGAAAACUCACAGGUGAUAGAAAUACUUUUAGAAACUCUGUUAUAAAUCAUGUUGAUAAUACACCCAUGAACAAGA